AUGCUUGCAUAUGGUGUCACGACUGAUUUUAUGGAUGAAUAUUUGAAGAUUGGAGAGACUACUACAUUAAGAAGCCUAAAGAUGUUUGUCAAAGCUGUUGUUUCAAUUUUUUCUAAAGAGUACUUAAGAAAACCCAACAAUGAUGACAUUGUUAGAUUACUUGCAGUUGGUGAGAAACGUGGAUUUCUAGGUAUGUUAGGGAGCAUCGAUUGUAUGCAUUGGAAGUGGAAGAACUGCCCAACUGCUUGUCAUGGUAUGUAUUCUGGUCAUAUCCAUGAACCAACAAUUAUUUUAGAAGCAGUGGCUUCUUACGAUUUAUGGAUUUGGCAUGCCUUUUUUGGGUUACCGGGGUCUCAUACUGAUAUAAAUAUGCUUGAUAGAUCAUUUAUAUUUUCUGACCUUGCUCAAGGGCGUACUUCGACUGUUAAUUACACUAUUAAUGAUCAUAACUAUGCAAUGGGAUACUAUCUUGCUGAUGACAUGUAUUCUCAAUGGGCAACAUUUGUUAAAACUAUCUUAGCUCCACAAGGAAACAAGAAAAAAUAUUUUGCUGCAGCCCAAGAGUCCGCAAGGAAGGGUGUGGAGCAUGUUUUUGGUGUGCUUCAAGCACGAUUUGCUAUAAUUCAUGGACCUGCACAGUUUUUCCACAUUGAAACACUCAAUGAAAUUAUGAUGGCAUGCAUAAUUUUACAUAAUAUGAUCAUUGAAGAUGAACAGGCUGACAAUGGAGAAGAAGAGUUCGAAUAUGAACAGUUGCUAGAAACUACACAUGAUCCAGUGUCAACUGACCCUACACCUGAAUUUAGCGAGUUCAUUCAACGUCAUCAUGCUCUUAGGGAUAGAAAAGUCCAUUCUCAACUCCAAACAGAUCUCGUCGAGCACUUAUGA